AUGCCUACUAGUAUAACAGUGAACAACAGGGAUCAAAAAUUGCCUCCCUUACUCCUACCUAACCUAGAUUUCCAUUUCCAAAACCAGGGAGGCUCAAUACAACUUCCUAUUCAUCCGCAAUCACAAUCACAAUCACAAUCACAAUCACAACCACCUCAGCCUAGUACUGCUGCUAUUGGUCCUCCUUUAUCUGCUGCACCAGCCUCUUCCUCAUCUAAUCCUAAUGGAUUCGUAGGAAUAACAGAUUCCUUCUUUACAACUGUAGAUUCAAGGAAAAGAUCAAAUUCAAAUGAAGAAAAAAAUGGUUUAGAUAAUCUAGCAUUCUUAGCUACAAAAAGACCUAGAUUAACUACUUUCCAUCCUAAUGGGAUUGCUAAUAUAACGCCUCCACCUCCUUCUGCUGUACCAUCUUUCCCCUCAUAUAAUAAUCAUUCUCAUUCUCAUUCUCAUUCUCAACCUCAACCUCAACCUCAACCUCAACCUCAACAUCCAUAUCCUUAUCCUCAUCCUAAUCAUAAUGAUAACAAUAACAAUAAUAUAUCAACUUUCCCCGUAAAUACACACCAAUUUCAAGUACCGCCACCUCAUAACAACGCAAACAACAACAACAACAACAAUAAUAAUAAUAAUAUUCAAUUUAUUCCCUUAAGAGAAAAUAAUGGUUUUGGAACUUCUAAUAUGUCCAAUUCCAAUACCACAAACACAAACACAAACACAAAUACAAACACAAAUACAAUAACAAUAAGACCUUCAAUCAAUAAUGAAAAUAAAAAUAACGGGAAUAUUGGUACGUCUAUUCAUGGUCAAAAUAAUAAAUCUUCUUAUAUCCCCACGGGAAGUAAAAGACAAAGAAUUGGACCAAGUUGUGAUAAAUGUCGUUAUAAAAAAAUUAAAUGUAAUGCAAAAAUUGAUAUCUUAGCACAUGAUGAAAGAAUUGUACCAUUAUUUUCACAAUAUUUACAUCAUGUUUUUACUACAAAUGAAAUUAAAUCAAAUUUAAAUUUAUUGAAAAAAUUCAUUAUAACAAAUGAUAUCAUAUCUUUAAUGAAAAGAAAAAUUACAACAAUCUCGUUGAUUAAACAUAUCGAUAAAUUGAUUCUUUUUGAACCUUGUACUUCAUGUUCAAAAAGAAGAGCUGCAGCUGUAGAAGCCGCUGCAACUGCAACUAUUAUUAUCCCUUCUCCUACUACUACUACUACUACUACUACUACUACUAAUAAUAAUAGUAAUAAUAGUAAUAAUGUAUCACCAUCUCCAUUAACUUCAUCAACUUCACCACCACCAUCAUCGUCAUCAUCAUCAACUUCACCUUCACCUGGUAUAACAACAAUAACGAGUAAUAAUAAUAACCAAACUCCUAUACCGCCAACAAUAUUAGAAUCUAAUACUGAUUGUACUACCCUGCAACAUGGUUGUGUAUUCUCUAAAGGUUUCACAAGAGCUGAUAUUAAUAUCUUUUCAAAAAUAUUAACUAGAAUUAAAAAUAAAACAAUUUAUGAAAUGACUAUAACAGAUUUUAAAAAUGCAGGAUUCUAG